GUGAGCUUGCUCCACAGCAUUUGGGAGUCCACUUCAGAGUUGGAAUCAGAUUUUAGUUAUUUCAGAAUGCAGUCCAAAGGCCAGAAGUCUUCCACAAGCUCAAGCCUUUUGAAGGCUCUCACCAAAACUCUCCUCGACGGUCCUUUGCCAGAAGAGAUUCCUUUCAAGAAAACAGAGGGUAUUCCAACUUAUGAGAUGACUCAGUUUGUGGUUCAGGUGCAAAAGGUCUAUCGCAAAGAAUAUGGCACGGCCAGGGCCAGGAAGGUGCCUGCCGAACAGGAUGAUCGGUUGCCAAGACGUGAGCAAGGCUUACGCAAGGGUCGCAAAACAGGCAUGGCAGCCUUCCUUCGAGAGCGAGAGGGCCAGAUCCAAAGAUCUGACAGCAGCAAGUCAGAAUCACCGCAAUCCUUGGAUUCAAACACAGCGUCAUCAUUGUCCGCUGUGAAGGAAGCUGCUUGCAGCAAUGGGAAGAAGCGCCAGGAGUAUGAAUCCUACGCAGCAGCUUUGGAAAACAUAGCAAGCAAGAAGAGAAAGGUCUUGCAGUCGUUUGGAGAGAAAUCAGAUCCUGAAGCAAAACAAAAGCUGAAGGCUGCUGAGGAGAAGAUCCGGAACAAACCGACAUUGGAGAGGCGUGACCUUGCAAUAAACUUGGAGCGAGGCCUGUUGUUGGUAGAGGCAUUGUGCCUGGUCGUUUUGCGACCUGGAGUGCGCCUUUCAGGUGGACGUCGCAAUGCCUUUGAAUCCCUCAAGUUGAAAGUGGUGGCCUGGACGCCCAAUGAUGGAUCAUUUUUGCAAGAAGUCUCUUCAGUCAAGCACGUCAUUUGGUUUGAUUCCACCCCGGAAAGUCUUGACCAGAUGACUCACUUGGACAACAAGGCAGACCAGGAUGAUUACAUCCUUGGCACUCGUAUGUAUGGCGAAUUUGUGGCAGGCAUUGAGUGGCUGGACCACUGUGUGAAGCAUAAGCUGGUGAUCCGGCCAGUACUUUGCCUGAAGUCUGCAUUGACGUUGAAACAAGAGUUGGUGAUCCACAAGAGCCUGCGUCAGAAGACGUUGGUCGAAACCAUCGCUAAUUGUGUUCAAGCAGACGCUGCAAGAUCGGGUGCUGUCGGCAUGGUGUUCCAUGGUGCCAGGAAAAAAUUGACCAAGAAGAAUUCUUGGUGCGUGGUGGGCAAGGAGCAGCUCAAGAAGCUGAAGGAGGAGCAUGUUGAGAAGAAGCACCUUGGGUAUGUCAUCGACUUCCUAAACUUUAUCUUCCGAU